AUGGAUGCCGAAAUAUGUAAAAGGUUACUUCCUUUAAAGAACUCGUUUUCUAAUUUGGACAAUGAUGGAGGCUAUCAAUUUAUAAAUAAUGAAGAUUUCCAAAAUUACUGUACUAGUGAAAAUUGUGAUGAUGAUACCGAUAAAGUUAAUGCUAGAUGUUUAUAUAUUUUUGAUGAAUUUUUUAAGAAUUCUGAUAAUUUUGAGUCUGUUGCAAAAAGUAAUAUCAAUAUUGUUGAAUACAUUAUGAUAUGGUUAAGUUAUAUGUUAAACCGUAUCAAAACUCAAGAAAAAAACAGUAUAGAACUUUUUUAUGAUACAUACAUAAAGGAUAAUGAUAAAUAUACUGAUAAUAUAAAAUAUAUUGUUGGUUAUAAAGGUUAUAAGGAUCUUAUAGAUAGAAAUAAAUAUUUUUUAAGUAUGGAUAUGAGCAUUAUAUCUAAAUUAUAUGAUGCAUUUAAUACAUUAUGUGACAUAUAUAUUGACCAUGAUGCAAACAAAUCAAAUUGCGUGAACUAUUCGGAAAAAGCUAAUCAAUUUGUUGAAACAUAUAAAAAAAUUAUCAUAGAUCAUAACAUUGGUGAAAAUAUCCGCUAUUUUCAUGUAUUGAUUAAUUUAUUAACUGAUUAUGAUAAUUUAAAAAAAAAUUGUGAAAAUAUCCCAUCCACUCCAGAUAUAACAAAAAUAAUUUCUGAACAACAUGUUUGUGAAGUUGCAUCAUCAAGUUCGUCGAUAGCAAGCAAAUUAAUUCCAAUUUUAUCGAUAUUAGUUGCAAUACCAAUUUUCUUGGGAAUUGCUUAUAAGUAUUCUUUAUUUGGAUUUCGGAAACGAUCUCAAAAACAACAUUUAAGAGAAAAUCUAAAAAAAUAA